GUCUUUGGUGGGAAAUUCUGUUGGACUAUUAGCAGACACUACCGACAUGUGUGAUAUUCUCCGAGUCAUUGAUUGCAAUCAUCAUUACCAUUCCAGCGGAGACGAGACACUGUGUUGUACAGACGGACACACUUACAGUAACAAGUGUUUGUACGUACAGGCUAAAUGUGAUAACGUGAGAUUGGAACCCAUGCAUAGCGGGCCUUGUACCGAGGCGGACAAAAAACCCCGCGGUGAUAAUAUGACGACGGACAGUCCAGCUGUUGUUCCAACUUCGGACAACUUCACCAUCACCCCAGAAUUCUGUGCAGAUACCCGUCCCUGCCCAAUCAACCUCAAUCCAAUAUGUGGAAACAACCAUAUAUUUUACGUGAACUUGUGCGAUUUCAACAAAGCUAAGUGUAAAGACUCCAGUCUACAGAGGAUACAACUGAGCGACUGCAAGAGCACGAGCUCUCCGCCAUCUUUUCUCUAUAAGUACAGGAAUUUACGCAAGCGCAAACAAAGAAAAGGCAACAGGGAAUAGCUAAGCUCAUUUAUAAACAUAGUUAAUAUUAAAAAAAAUCAUCAAGUAAAAAUAUUUAUGGAGAAAAGGAAUAAUAUUUUCAGAUUUUGUAUUUUUGUGAUUCCAACGCCCCAGGGAAAAUGAUUAAGACAUUAGUUAUUUAAUCGCAGGAAAUCUAAUCAAAUGUAAUAAAUUCUCCCCGCCGCAAGAUAUGUGACAUCACAGCAGACUUGACGAAAA